AGAGACGACCGCUUGAAUCGAUGGCCACUUUGAACGCCAGUCAUCACGAGUCGGGAGGAGUAGUGCUGUUCAGCGGCGAACUCAUACUCUUGUACUCCGAUAACGUGAACAUCACUUUAGAGACCAAAUCACAGAACUCCAACGGAAGGCUAUAUCUGACGACACAUCGCAUUGUAUUCACGUCUCAACCGAUUCAUAAGAACCCGAGUCUGAAGUCAUUUUCGGCGCCUUUCUAUGCGAUGAGUGACCUCUCGCUCGAACAGCCCGUCUUCGGCGCCAACUUUAUCGCCGGUAAAGUGCGGCCCGACUCACAGCCCGACGCACCCAAUGGUUGGGUGUUUAAGUUGCGCUUCAGUCACGGCGGGGCCAUCGAGUUUGGACAGGCGUUGGACAACGCGGCCAAAUCGGCCACUCGUAACGCCCACAAUAUGCACUUCCAGCCCCCGCCUCCCUAUACGGCCGCCGCCGGACAGUACUAUCAGGCGCCGCCCAACAUCUAUCAGCCCGCCUACAACUGCGGCUUCGCUUUGCCUACUCAGGUCUUCUCGACGCCCCCACCGGCGGGUUUCAUAUACACAAUGGAGGCGCCGCCGCCCUAUCCCGGCCUCAACACAACGGCCCAACAGUAUGGCGCUCCGCAAUACCAACAAAUGGCGUAUAUGGCGUACGGACAGCAGCCCUUUGUGGCCAACGGCAACGCAAACUACGGCCCGUACGAGAACGGCGGCGGAGCGACGGCACCCCCACCGCCACCGCCCGUCGGCUUCUCAUUCAACGAGAAGCCGCCCACUUAUGACGAGGCGACCAAAAAGACUCAGUAAAACGUUUAGCAGACAGUUAUUAAUCGAUGGCUUUCCGACUGAUUUGAAUUGUGAUUGCAUUGCAAAACAGAUUCCCGUCUAUUGUUUCUAUCGUUUAUUAUAAUAUUAUAUAUAUAUUUAACGCUAUAUUUUUGAGUAUGUUUUAUGUUUCCAAUCAAUUAUUGUUUAUUUGUUAUAUAAAAACCGGUAUUAAAAGCGAUCGUAAAAAUGGUUUUUUGUCGCAUAGUUUUGAGGAAUAAUAUAUUUGUAAUAUUUAUGUGAGAAAUUCAGUCCACUCUAUGUCUACGAACACUACGAAUGCGAACACAUUAUUGUCUGUGAAUUCAAUUUAAUAAUCUUUAAUAUAAUUUUAUUUUUUUCUAAAUAUUUACUGUAAUUUGAAACAAAUUUUUAUGACUCUCUAUAUUAUAUGUAAACAAAACACAAAAUGCUUUGUUUUCGUAUUUAAUC